GACGGCCGCCAUCUUCUCGCCGAGGCCGCCUCGCCCGCCGCGCGCGCCCGUCCGGCAGCGCACGGGUUAAGGCUGGCACCGCGCCCGGCGGGAGGGGGGGCGCCCACCUCCCCUCCUCCCCGCGCCGGGCAUGCGGGGCCCACUGGGCACCGAGGAGGAGCUGCCGCGGCUGUUCGCUGAGGAGAUGGAGAACGAGGACGAGAUGUCAGAAGAAGAAGAUGGUGGUCUUGAAGCUUUCGAUGACUUUUUCCCUGUGGAGCCCGUGAGCCUUCCUAAGAAGAAGAAACCCAAGAAGCUCAAGGAAAACAAGUGCAAAGGGAAGCGGAAGAAGAAAGAGGGGAGCAAUGAUGAGCUAUCAGAGAAUGAAGAUGAUCUGGAAGAGAAGUCGGAGAGUGAAGGCAGUGACUACUCCCCGAAUAAAAAGAAGAAGAAGAAACUUAAGGACAAGAAGGAGAAGAAAGCCAAGCGAAAAAAGAAGGAUGAGGAUGAGGAUGAAAAUGAUGAUGGAUGCUUAAAGGAGCCCAAGUCCUCAGGGCAGCUCAUGGCUGAGUGGGGCCUGGACGACGUGGACUACCUGUUCUCGGAGGAGGACUACCACACGCUGACCAACUACAAGGCCUUCAGCCAGUUCCUCAGGCCACUCAUCGCCAAGAAGAACCCGAAGAUCCCCAUGUCCAAAAUGAUGACUGUCCUGGGUGCCAAGUGGCGGGAGUUCAGCGCCAACAACCCCUUCAAGGGCAGCUCGGCGGCAGCAGCGGCGGCGGCGGUGGCUGCGGCUGUAGAAACUGUCACCAUCUCCCCUCCGCUAGCCGUCAGCCCCCUGCAGGCGCCCCAGCCUGUGCCUAUCCGCAAGGCCAAGACCAAGGAGGGCAAGGGGCCUGGAGUGAGGAAGAAGAUCAAAGGUUCCAAAGAUGGGAAGAAAAAGGGCAAAGGGAAAAAGAUGGCCGGGCUCAAGUUCCGCUUUGGAGGGAUCAGCAACAAGAGGAAGAAAGGCUCCUCGAGUGAAGAAGACGAGAGGGAGGAGUCAGACUUCGACAGUGCCAGCAUCCACAGUGCCUCCGUGCGCUCCGAGUGCUCUGCAGCCCUGGGCAAGAAGAGCAAGAGGAGGCGCAAGAAGAAGAGGAGUAUUGAUGAUGGUGACGGCUAUGAGACGGACCACCAGGAUUACUGUGAGGUGUGCCAGCAGGGUGGGGAGAUCAUCCUGUGCGACACCUGCCCACGGGCCUACCAUCUCGUGUGCCUGGACCCAGAGCUGGAGAAGGCUCCCGAGGGGAAAUGGAGCUGCCCCCACUGUGAGAAGGAGGGGAUCCAGUGGGAGCCGAAGGACGACGACGACGAAGAGGAGGAGGGCGGCUGCGAGGAGGAGGAGGACGACCACAUGGAGUUCUGCCGCGUGUGCAAGGACGGGGGCGAGCUGCUCUGCUGCGACGCCUGCCCCUCCUCCUACCACCUGCACUGCCUCAACCCGCCGCUGCCCGAGAUCCCAAACGGUGAAUGGCUCUGCCCGCGCUGUACUUGCCCCCCACUGAAGGGCAAGGUCCAGCGGAUUCUACACUGGAGAUGGACGGAGCCCCCUGCCCCCUUCAUGGUUGGGCUGCCGGGGCCUGACGUGGAGCCCAACCUCCCUCCACCCAAGCCGCUGGAGGGCAUCCCCGAGAGAGAAUUCUUUGUCAAGUGGGCAGGGCUGUCCUACUGGCACUGCUCCUGGGUGAAGGAGCUACAGCUGGAGCUGUACCACACGGUCAUGUAUCGCAACUACCAAAGAAAGAAUGACAUGGACGAGCCGCCGCCCUUUGACUACGGCUCUGGGGAUGAGGACGGCAAGAGCGAGAAGAGGAAGAACAAGGACCCCCUCUAUGCCAAGAUGGAGGAGCGCUUCUACCGCUAUGGCAUCAAGGCAGAGUGGAUGAUGAUUCACCGAGUCCUGAACCAUAGCUUUGACAAAAAGGGGGAUGUGCACUACCUGAUCAAGUGGAAAGACCUGCCCUACGACCAGUGCACCUGGGAGAUCGAUGACAUCGACAUCCCCUACUACGACAACCUCAAGCAGGCUUACUGGGGCCACAGGGAGCUGAUGCUGGGAGAAGACAGCAGGCUGCCCAAGAGGCUGCUCAAGAAGGGCAAGAAGCUGAGGGAUGACAAGCAGGAGAAGCCUCCGGACACGCCCAUUGUUGAUCCCACGGUCAAGUUCGACAAGCAGCCGUGGUACAUCGACUCCACGGGUGGCACGCUGCACCCGUACCAGCUGGAGGGCCUCAACUGGCUGCGCUUCUCCUGGGCCCAGGGCACUGACACCAUCCUGGCCGAUGAGAUGGGUUUGGGCAAGACGGUGCAGACCAUCGUGUUCCUCUACUCCCUGUACAAGGAGGGCCAUUCCAAGGGGCCCUACCUGGUGAGUGCGCCCCUCUCCACCAUCAUCAACUGGGAACGCGAGUUUGAGAUGUGGGCGCCCGACUUCUACGUGGUCACCUACACGGGGGACAAGGAAAGCCGCUCUGUGAUCCGGGAGAACGAAUUUUCCUUUGAGGACAAUGCCAUUCGGAGUGGGAAGAAGGUGUUCCGCAUGAAGAAAGAAGUGCAGAUCAAAUUCCAUGUGCUGCUCACCUCCUACGAGCUCAUCACCAUCGACCAGGCCAUCCUGGGUUCCAUCGAGUGGGCCUGCCUGGUGGUGGAUGAGGCCCACCGCCUCAAGAAUAACCAGUCCAAGUUUUUUAGGGUCUUAAACAGCUACAAGAUUGAUUACAAGCUGCUGCUGACAGGGACCCCCCUUCAGAACAACCUGGAGGAGCUGUUCCAUCUCCUCAACUUCCUGACUCCCGAGAGGUUCAACAACCUGGAGGGCUUCCUGGAGGAGUUUGCUGACAUCUCCAAGGAAGACCAGAUCAAGAAGCUGCAUGACCUGCUGGGGCCACACAUGCUCAGGCGGCUGAAGGCUGACGUGUUCAAGAACAUGCCGGCCAAGACCGAGCUCAUUGUCCGCGUGGAGCUGAGCCAGAUGCAGAAGAAGUACUACAAGUUCAUCCUCACGCGGAACUUCGAGGCGCUGAACUCCAAGGGGGGCGGGAACCAAGUGUCGCUGCUCAACAUCAUGAUGGACCUGAAGAAGUGCUGCAACCACCCCUACCUCUUUCCUGUGGCCGCCGUGGAGGCCCCCGUCUUGCCCAAUGGCUCCUACGAUGGAAGCUCCCUCGUCAAGUCUUCAGGGAAGCUCAUGCUGCUGCAGAAGAUGCUGAAGAAGCUGCGGGACGAGGGACACCGCGUGCUCAUCUUCUCUCAGAUGACCAAGAUGUUGGACCUGCUGGAGGACUUCCUGGAGUACGAAGGCUACAAGUAUGAGCGGAUUGACGGCGGCAUCACUGGGGGCCUCCGACAGGAGGCGAUCGACAGAUUCAAUGCCCCUGGGGCCCAGCAGUUCUGCUUCCUCCUCUCAACCCGGGCAGGUGGCCUGGGUAUCAACCUGGCCACGGCGGACACUGUCAUCAUCUACGACUCGGACUGGAACCCGCACAAUGACAUUCAGGCCUUCAGCCGUGCCCACCGCAUCGGGCAGAACAAGAAGGUGAUGAUCUACCGCUUCGUGACUCGGGCCUCAGUGGAGGAGCGCAUCACGCAGGUAGCCAAGCGCAAGAUGAUGCUCACCCACCUGGUGGUGCGGCCUGGUCUCGGCUCCAAGUCAGGCUCCAUGACUAAGCAGGAGUUGGAUGACAUCCUCAAGUUCGGCACAGAGGAGCUCUUCAAGGACGACGUGGAGGGCAUGAUGUCUCAGGGCCAGAGGCCGGUCACGCCCAUCCCUGAUGUCCAGUCCUCCAAAGGGGGAAACUUGGCUGCCAGUGCAAAGAAGAAGCACGGUAGCACCCCGCCAGGUGACAACAAGGAUGUGGAGGACAGCAGUGUGAUCCACUAUGACGAUGCGGCCAUCUCCAAGCUGCUGGACCGGAACCAGGACGCCACAGACGACACGGAACUACAGAACAUGAACGAGUACCUGAGCUCUUUCAAGGUGGCGCAGUACGUGGUGCGCGAGGAGGACGGCGUGGAGGAGGUGGAGCGGGAAAUCAUCAAGCAGGAGGAGAAUGUGGACCCCGACUACUGGGAGAAGCUGCUGCGGCACCACUACGAGCAGCAGCAGGAGGACCUGGCCCGCAACCUGGGCAAGGGCAAGCGCAUCCGCAAGCAGGUCAACUACAACGACGCCUCCCAAGAGGACCAGGAGUGGCAGGAUGAGCUCUCCGAUAACCAGUCAGAAUAUUCCAUUGGCUCCGAGGAUGAGGAUGAGGACUUCGAAGAGAGGCCAGAAGGGCAGAGUGGACGACGACAAUCCCGGAGGCAGCUGAAGAGCGACAGGGACAAGCCCCUGCCACCUCUUCUUGCCCGAGUUGGUGGCAACAUCGAGGUGCUGGGCUUCAAUGCCCGACAGCGGAAGGCCUUUCUGAACGCCAUCAUGCGCUGGGGCAUGCCCCCGCAGGACGCCUUCAACUCCCACUGGCUGGUGCGGGACCUUCGAGGGAAGAGCGAGAAGGAGUUUAGAGCCUAUGUGUCCCUCUUCAUGCGGCACCUGUGUGAGCCGGGGGCGGACGGCGCAGAGACCUUCGCGGAUGGCGUACCCCGGGAGGGCCUCUCCAGGCAGCACGUGCUGACCCGCAUUGGGGUCAUGUCACUAGUUAGGAAGAAGGUUCAAGAGUUUGAGCAUGUCAACGGGAAAUACAGCACCCCAGACUUGAUCCCUGAGGGGCCCGAGGGCAAGAAGCCGGGCGAGGUGAUCUCCUCAGACCCCAACACGCCAGUGCCCGCCAGCCCUGCCCACCUCCCGCCAGCCCCGCUGGGCCUGACAGACAAAAUGGAAGCCCAGCUGGGCUACAUGGAUGAGAAGGACCCGGGGCUGCAGAAGCCAAAGAAACCCCUGGAGGUCCAGGCCCUGCCAACUGCCUUGGACAGAGUGGAGGGCGAGGGCAUGCACGAGAGCCCAGCCAGCAAGGAGAGAGCCCGCGAGGAGCGGCCGGAGGAGAAGGAGAAGGCCCCGCCCUCCCCAGAACAGCUGCCUAGAGAGGAAGUGCUUCCUGAGAAGGAGAAGAUCCUGGACAAGCUGGAGCUGAGCUUAAUCCACAGCAGAGGGGAUGGUGCUGACCUCAGGCCAGCAGAUGACAAUAAGGCUGAGGAGAAGGAGCCCAUUGAAACACAGCAAAAUGGUGACAAAGAGGAAGAGGACGAGGGGAAGAAGGAGGACAAGAAGGGGAAAUUCAAGUUCAUGUUCAACAUUGCGGAUGGGGGCUUCACAGAGUUACACACGCUGUGGCAGAAUGAGGAGCGGGCUGCGGUGUCCUCGGGGAAAAUCUACGACAUCUGGCACCGGCGCCAUGACUACUGGCUGCUGGCGGGCAUUGUGACGCACGGCUAUGCUCGCUGGCAGGACAUCCAGAAUGACCCGAGGUACAUGAUCCUCAACGAGCCCUUCAAGUCUGAGAUUCACAAGGGCAACUACCUGGAGAUGAAGAACAAGUUCCUGGCCCGCAGGUUCAAGCUGCUGGAGCAGGCGCUGGUCAUUGAGGAACAGCUCCGGAGGGCUGCCUACCUGAACAUGACCCAGGACCCCAACCACCCCGCCAUGGCCCUCAAUGCCCGCCUGGCUGAAGUAGAGUGCCUUGCCGAGAGCCACCAGCACCUGUCCAAGGAGUCCCUUGCUGGGAACAAGCCUGCCAAUGCUGUCCUGCACAAGGUCCUGAACCAGCUGGAGGAGCUGCUGAGUGACAUGAAGGCUGAUGUGACCCGGCUGCCAUCCAUGCUGUCCCGAAUCCCCCCUGUGGCAGCCCGCCUACAGAUGUCAGAGCGCAGCAUCCUGAGCCGCCUGACCAACCGUGCCGGGGACCCCACCAUCCAGCAGGGCGCUUUCGGCUCCUCCCAGAUGUACAGCAACAACUUUGGGCCCAACUUCCGGGGCCCUGGACCGGGAGGGAUUGUCAACUACAACCAGAUGCCCCUGGGGCCCUAUGUGACCGAUAUCUAGCCGUCCCCGAGACUUCCCUGUGCCGCAGCGCUCAUUUCCAGCUGAGCCACGCCUGCCGGGUCACCUGCCUGACCCCCAUGGGAGAGAAAAGCUGCCGCCUUUUUAGGAGCCAGCACCACCUUGGGACAAAAAGGGAAACCGAGUCAUGGCAUCACAUGGAGGACGAGGCCCAGCCCGGCGCGGCCAGAGCCCAGAAGUGCCACGUCAUCAUAAUUCAAGUGUUCUUCCACACAGUGUCGCCCCCACAACCACGCCGGACGUGCUCCCUCGCCACCUUUUCCAGACGACUCUUAGAAGAGAUUUCAUUUAUUUGUACAUCUUUUGCACUUUCCUAUUGAAGACUUGAACACAUUUGUCUUGAUAAAAGUCAGAUGACGUAUGGAAGAUUCGAACCUGCAGUACUGACAUCUCUCUUUACCGAUGGGUUCCAGAUGCAAGGAAGCCCUGGCACUGCCCUGUGGACUCGGCCCAGCCGGGAGGACACGGAGCCCGGUGCCCUGGGAGCCCUUGGCGUCUCCUGCCUGUCCUGUCUACACCUGUGUGACUGCUCCUUCUGCUCCAGCCCCCUGCCUACUUGGAGCCUCCCCGCACCAGGCAGGGCAGGUUGGGGAGCAGAUGUCCAGUCCGAUGGUGAGACCCGGGCUGACAUUUCCCCUCCUUCCUGCUGAGGCUGGAGGCUGCUAGGCGUUUGCUGUCUCCUUGCGGUGAGGGGGUCCUCUGCCAGCAGGCGUCUGUUCCCGGCCCCAUGCCUCUUGAAGGCUCUGAACUCUGUUACCAGUGGGAUGCCUGUGGCCCCGGCUGUUGUGUUCAUGGCAGGCAGAAGCGUGUGACCCCAGGGAGGGGGUGCUGGGAGGGCCAGCGCUUGCCUCAGAGCCACUGCUGCGUUUGGGGUUUGCUUUCUGCCGGAGGUGUGGUUAAGUGACAGCAGAUGCCCCAGCAAAGGAGGGUCAUGGUCCCUGAGCUGGCCCAAGAGACCCUGGCCCUGCCCUGUGCUCUGGGAUGCCUGCCCUGCCCACCUCUGGGGGUGGAGCUGGGCUGCCCCUGGGAGCCUGGACUUGUCCCAUUCUCCUGUCCCUGAGAGGCCUUCCUGGGGCACUUCCUGCCUGAGGCUGCCCUCUUGGAGAGCGUGGGGAGAGCUCUGCCUGGAGGGGACUGGGCCCAGUGCCCUCUGCAGACCCCUCCCAGCCGCCACACCGAGGGCUUGCUGCCUUGUUUCCUGCUUGAGUGCCCUGGAGUCCCAAAACCAUCUUCCCACAUGUGGGCUGUUGGAAUCCCACCCACUCCCCUGCCACUGCCCCUCCAAGCUGGGGAUGGAGAUGGGGAGCAGGUCAGGCCCUCCCUAGGCCUGUCUGUGUCUGAUCCUCUUCCUGGUCCCAGGUCAGCCUGGAAGGCAUUUCUGAGUCUUGAACUGGGAGCUUCCUAGGGAAGGUGCCUUGGGGUGCAGAAUCCUGGGAGUGUUAGGAAGGGGCUCCGUGAGAAACCCAGCUGGGUCUGGGAUGGGAGUGCCACAGGGGCUGGGACUCUGCUCCCUGGAGAGGGCCUGCCUGGGACUGGUGGGGCCAAGGCUGGGUCAGGACUCGCCGGCUUGUGUUGCAGACAAUGGAGAGAUUCCCUAAGCCCCAGAUGCUUCCCACAUAAUGAGGAUCUCUCUGAGGGUGGGACCCCAAGACUCCUCCAUCUUGGUGCAUUCCCACACUCCAGGCUGGAUCCAGGUCUGCAAGGCCAGCCUGAGGUUGACCCUGAGGUUGCAGGUGGGCAUAGUGGGGAGAACGCAGGGGUGGAGAUGAUUGUCAGCAGGCUCACAUGCAGCCCGGACUCCGCCAUGCGUGGGCAGCACCCAACGUUGCCUCCAGGAAGGGCAGCCCUGAACGAGCCAUUGUGGUUUCUCCACGUGCGCGUUGUGUGCUUUGCCGUGCCUCCCAGCAAAGGCUCCUGGCUUGGGUCACAGGCGAGGUGACCUGCCAUAAGCUCACUCCUGUGCCCCUGUCCCCAAACAAGCAGUGGCCAGCACUGGCUUGGCCCUCUUUGGGAGCAGUGCCCACCUCCCUUGGCCCACAGCAGAUAGGUCCCUAGUGGCAGGCCUGGAGGUGUGUGGGAGUCAGGGCAGGAGUCCGUGUCUCCACCCCAAGGGCUGAUGGCCCCUCCCCUGUGAGCCCCUCCUCCCAGGCAGCCUUGCUCUGUCCCUUCCUCUCCGCUUCCCUCCCAGGCCUCGCCAGGGCUCUCUUCUCCUCUGCCUGGUUAGACUUGGGCACCUAGGAAAGCCUGGCCAGAGCUCCUUCGGGCCCAGGCCCCCUGCACUGCCUGGUCCAGAAGAGGUGAUGCGCUCUGUGGCUGGCAGCCUGGUAGCCUGGGAGCGGUGGGCUGCUGGAGUCAGAGCAGGUUUGGGGCUGACCAGUUUGGAGAGGAGAAAAGAUCUUCGAGUGUCUUCUUGGCUUGUCAAUCAUCUCUGCCAAAAGUGGUGAUGGUGGUAUUGGUAUCUUUGGCAUCUCUGGGCUGGGUUUGGUUUUUGCUGCUGGCAGAAUUAGGGGCCUGGGGCAUGAGUGUGAGCCCAAAGUACCAGUCUGUGAUUGGAGAUUUCCAGCCACUUUAUUUAAACCAAUGCUGAGUAGGGCUUCUGCAGAGCCACCUUUGGGCCACAGUCUUGGAAGGCAUUGCCCCGUGGCCUCAGGUGACUCGGGGUGGAGUGAGCAGGUCUGUGGGGUCCUCAUACACGCCUGAGGCGGAAGCAACAUCCUCCUGAAAGCCACCUUCCAAAGCUCCUGUGUUUCCUGCAAACUUGGCUUUUGCCAGGGGCGGGCCGGACUUUCCCUGCCCCAAACGAUGGAAGUCCUCCUGCUUUUGGGGCUGCCUUCUCAGAGUUCCCCGGGUGCUCCCCUGCCCAAGUCAGGGGCUGACCAAGCCUUGGCCCCAUGACACCGGCAGCCCUCACCGGCAACUCCUGUCAUCCUGGGACACUUGAGGGCCCAAGGAGGUGGACUGGAGAGGGGGCUUGGGGACGUGGGAGCUGGAAGCCGGUGGAGUUGGUCAACUGUGGGUCACUUGGAGCCUCCAGUGUGUGCCAGGGUCUGUGGGCAGGGGACGGGGCGUGGGUGGGGGCCGAGGCCGGCAUGCCAUCUUGGUGACCUGGCCUCGGACCCUCCUGCAGGGCUCUCCUGUGGCAGGCCCGGCAUCAGUCGUGGAGGCCGCCUCCUGCCUGUUUUGCGUGUCUGGAAGUUUACAGGUUGUGGUGCAUCAGCCCAGUCAUUGGCAUUCUGUUUUUGUUUUCUUUUUCUUAAUUUUCAGAUUUUUUUUUUAACAAAGUAUUUUUUUAGGUGCGAUAACCCAGAAAGGGCCCGUUGGGUGUGUGUGUGUGUCCUGAAUUCCUCAAGCCGAGAUUGGAGCCCAAGCACCCUGGAGAGGAGGAAGGGGUCCCACUGGCCUGUGGGGUCUGAGUUCAGGGGUACGGAGGGAGCAGACCCCACCGGCCCAGGCCCGGCUAAGAGGGGGCCGACCCCUUUCCCAGGCACAGCCCCAGGCUGGCAAAGGGAGGGUCCUGGGCUGGGUGCAGGGCACGUCAGGAGUCCCAGCCAGGGUGGCCCUGGUGGGGGUGGGGUUGAGCUUUGGAAGCCGAGCUCUCCUGUGAGCCGUGGCUUGUCCGGUCUUCACCUGCGGGAGGCCGGACAGAGACCGAACAACACAAUCACCUUUACUUUGUACUCUGUGUGUAUGUUUUGGUUUUCUGUGUUUUAAUAAAUCCUUUGGGAAAGGAUUUAA